UGGUGAACAUACCCGGGAGCGCCACACCCCUGACUAAAGGAUAAAUUGAUAUAGCCGAAUCUGGCAAGUUUGAUCGAGUAUCCCAUGCAUGUAAGCGUUCAACGCCGCAGGCAUACCAGGAUUGUGUACCUCUCACUUUACUGUUCUCGAUAGUCAUGAUGUCGCUUCGAAUUACGUAUGCUCGGUGGAGUAUGUCGGGAAAACCAUGGAGUAGUGUCGCUGUUGUUUUGUCCGGCUGUGUAUAAAGACAAUGGCGUGCUCUCCAAUUACCCUGCAGUCGCAGAGUGAGCUGACCACUGCUAAUCAACAUGCGAUACUCUUCAGCCGCCGCACUCCUCUGUUCUUUGGUAGGCUCCGCCAAUGGCCUACCUGCACCUGCACCCCAGGCGUCAGGAGCCUCUGGCCCUACGGUACCAGGUCCUGUUGAUCCUUCGCAAGUCCUCAAUAUGCCACUACCUUCUGGAGCAUCAGGUUCUCUGCGUGGUUCAGAAGACUAUCUAGGGUACAAUCCUUCGAAUCCAGUCGACAUGAAGUCCACCGUUAUUCCACCCGAAGACUUCGAACUUGCACCUGGACAAUCAGAGGACGCAAAAUUGGGAUUGUAUAUUGAUCUUUCCAAUGUGAAGAACCCGCAGCCGAUCCGCGGAGGUACUACAGGACCUACGGAGCCUGGUCCUCGUACACCGGCCUAUGAUCGCUUGAACAGCGACGUAUACGCUCCGCCAUCUUCCGAUAUGGGCGAGGUAAGCAACGCCAAAUGGCCAUUCGGUCUCAGCCACAACCGCCACGGCCUUGCCGGAGCAGGAUGGGCACGAUCGCAGAACACCGACCAACUACCGUCCUCGGUCGCAAUGGCCGGAACAAACAUGCGACUGAGUCCGCACGCGUACCGUGAACUGCACUGGCACAAGCAAGGCGAAUGGGCGUUGAUGCUCAACGGCAGCGUACGCAUAGCCUCGAUGAACGAAGCCGGCCAAACCUUUGUCGACGACGUCCAAGAAGGCGACGUCUGGUUCUUCCCUCCCGGCAUCCCGCACUCGAUCCAAGCCUUUGAGAAUGGCUGUGAAUUCUUGCUCAUCUUCAACGACGGCUCCUUCAGCGAGGAAAACACGUUCCUCCUCUCUGAACUCAUGCUGCGCAACCCAGAAAGCGUGAUAGCAAAGAACUUCCGCACAUCAGUCAAGACAUUUGAAAACAUUCCUCAAGAGCAGCUCUGGAUCUUCCCUGGUACUCCCGCGCCGAAGAACAUUUCAGAGCAGAAUGUCACGGGGCCCGCUGGCGUGAUUCCAAAGGAGGGCGCGUAUACUUACCAUUGGAGCCAGCAGGAACCCGUAAAAGUACCCGGUGGUAGUAUCAAGAUCCUCGACCCGGCUACCUUCCCCAUCGCGAGCACCUUUUCCGCUGCGCUCAUCACCGUCGAACCCGGCGCGAUGCGCGAACUGCACUGGCACACCACGUCGGACGAGUGGUCGUACUUUUUGUCCGGAACCGCACGCCUGACCGUGUACGAAGCGCCUGCUGCGUCGCGCACGUUUGAUUUCUCGGCCGGCGACGUCGGAUACGUGCCCGUGCCUAAUGCGCAUUAUCUCGAGAAUACGGGCAACGAGACGUUGGUGUACCUCGAGGUGCUGCAAUCGACGCAAUACAGUGAUAUCAGCGUGAACCAGUGGCUGGGUAUCACGCCGAGGCAGAUUGUCAAGGAUCAUUUGAAUGUUGACGAUGCCUUUUUGGACACGCUGGGCGAGAGGAGGAGUAAGGAUUUUGUGGUUCAGGGAAACCCGGAUUUGACUACGACUGAUUUCACGCCUGGCCUGCAUGGUGGUGCUUAAGAUGAUAUCACGUCUAGCUACAUCAUCCCCGCGCUGUACUAUCUUCAUGUCGCACCGCCACAGCAUUCCCCGGGGCAAUUCCUCUUCACAAGGCGCCGUGAGGAUAAUCCUUGAUGCGACAACAUGAUGUCAUCUUCAUCUGUCCACUGCUCUAUUGCCCUU